CCAUUAAAUAAACUAGAAAAGAUCUCAGAAGAAUUAGAUAAGGAAGAAAAUGAAAAUAGGAGAGCAGAAAUAAUCCAUCAAUUAGGUGAUGAAUUAAAUGAAUUAGAUGUUGAAAUAAAUAGAAGGGUAUUAUGUGAUGAAUGUCAAAAGAAGAAUAUAUUCAACCCUUUCUGUGAAUUACUCACCAAACUAAAUGAAUUAAAUGAACAAAUUAAUUCAAACAAAUUACUUGAUAGAUCAAAAAUAUUAGAAAAUUGUACCAGUUGUAAAAAAAAUGCACAAGGAAAUUAUUUUGAUUUAUUUCAUAAACCAUUAAAUCAACUAGAAAAGAUCUCAGAAGAGUUAGGCAAGGAAGAAAAUGAAAAUAGGAGAGCAGAAAUAAUCCAUCAAUUAGGUGAUGAAUUAAAUAAAUUAAACAUAGUUUUAUGUUAUGGGUGUCAAACUUUACAAAUUUGGAAGUUUACUAAAAAACACGAUGAAAUGCUUAAACAAGUUCCAUGGAUUCUUAUUAAAGCUAAAAAUAUUAAAACUGAUGAUUUAAUAGAAGAUAAAGAACAAAAGGUUGCUGAUGAUAUUGUAGUAUUACUUGUAAAAUCUGUAUUCACAAAGAAUUCGUACAUUAUACUUUUUACUGAUUUAAAAAAUGUUUGGUUCGAGGAAUUAUUUUCUGAUGAAAUUAAACAAAGUGAAAAAAUUGAACCAGAAAAAAUAAUUUCUUCAAAUAGUAAAUCUAAUAUAAAUAAUAUUAAUGAAGACGGUAGUAAUGAUAAUGAUAAUGAUGGAAAAGAAAAACAUAUCACAAAUGAAAUUGAUAAAAGACAACAAUUAAAAGAAUUAAUUCUAAAGAAAUGUGAACAUAACACUAAAAAAAGAAAAAAAAUCCACUGA